AUGGUAAAGGGAUUACUGCAUCUCUUGGCUUUGGCCGCUGCUGCCAGUGCCUCGGUGUCCUCCUCUGGCCAGACUCUUGUCGUGAAUGGAAUCAACUAUUAUGCUGCUCCUGAAGCUGUGACAGCCAUCUCAGCGACGGCUGAUAUGUUGACUUCUGCGUCGAGGGGAACCGAUAUCGACUUGAUCCCUCUCACUGUUAUGGUUGACUCGUCAAGCCAAUUCACAACCAACGUCUUCCCGACACUUGUAAGCAACUACACAGCUUCAGACGAUGUCUUCAAUGUCGGAUUCUUGCAAUCAAUCUAUCUCACCCAUUCUGGAUCAGCUCCAGCAACAGUCAAGUAUCCCCUCGGAGCAGCACUCACCGAGUUCGGAACCAAAUUCUUCAUGCCAGCUCGAGCAUACACUUCCUCGAUCCAAAGCCAAGGGUACAAUUUCACCGGUUGGAGGACUGCAGUCCCGGCGGGUCCAUAUUUCAUGUCUGCCUCAACCGGUGAAGUCUUCCAAGCCUACAGACUCUACUCCGAUGUGCAAGGCGCCUUCACCGAGGGCCUGAAACCCAACACCGAUGGCUCAUACUCCAUCCUCAGCGCUGCCAUCCCAGGAGCCCAGAGCUUGACAAUUGGCGUCCCGUCAAAAAUGUACUAUACCAAGACAGCAGACAAGCCCCUCGCAGGUGUCAGAGUCGGAAUCAAGGAUAUCUACGACAUUGCAGGCAUCAAAACCAGCUGUGGGAAUCGGGCAUACUACGAUCUCUACCCACCCCGCACCGUGACCGCAACCGCAGUACAAAGACUCAUCGAUGCUGGCGCCAUCAUCAUCGGCAAGAUGAAGACCUCGCAGUUCGCCAACGGAGAAACCGCAACCGCGGAUUGGGUCGACUACCACUCUCCCUUCAACAUCCGCGGCGACGGGUACCAGGACCCAUCCUCCUCCUCUUCUGGCCCCGGAGCCGGGAUAGGCGCAUACGACUGGCUUGACAUCGGUCUGGGCUCCGACACUGGAAGUUCCAUCCGCGGUCCCUCAGAAGUCAACGGCUGCUUUGGAAAUAGACCAUCUCAUGGCCUCGUCCCCCUCGAUCAUGUGAUGCCUCUUUCUCCAAACCUCGACACAGCUGGUUUCCUAACCCGGGAUCCAUACCUCUGGCAUGAAGCCGCAAAAGCUCUAUACUUGACCAACAUCACUUCGAGUUUCAAAUCCUUCCCCAGGAAGAUUCUUACUUCCGGCUUCCCCACAACAAGGGAUAAUGAAGCAGAUUCCAUCCUCGUGGACUUUCUUUCGAAACUGCAGACAUUCCUUGGAGCACCGACACCAACGCCAAUAACUUUGAGCACACUGUGGUCAGCCAGCGCCCCCGCAGCAGCGGGCGGUGCAUCCCUUUCCUCAUACCUAGGAAUCGUCUAUCCAGUCCUCAUCUCUCGACAACAAUACUCUCUCUUCACCCUCCCCUUUCACGCCGACUACGCAGCCGCACACCAAGGUCGCCGACCAUUCAUCGACCCCGUUCCCCUCGUCCGCUGGGCAUUCGGACAGAACAACGUCUCAGCAGACGCCUCCGUCCAAGCAUUGCAGAACAAAACCGUGUUCAUGGAUUGGUUCGCUAGUAAAGUUGUGUUGCCGAGUGAGGAGACAUGCAGUGAUAGUGUGUUGAUUUAUGUCGGUAGUGAUGGAAGCUCGAAUUAUAGGAACGUGUACUUUAGUGCACCUGGUCCGCCCACUGGAUUCGGGCUGAGUCGAGUGAGUCCGUUGAGUGAGGUGCCGGAUUUCGUCUUCCCGAUUGGCCAGGCGGCGUAUAAUUCGACCAUCACGCUGAAGGAAGAGUACCUGCCGGUAACGAUUGAUAUCAUUGCUGCGAAGGGGUGUGAUGGGAUGAUUUUCGCGCUUGCGGAGGCGUUGACGACGGCGGGGAUAUUGAAGAUCCCGAAGACGGGCAGUGUGAUGUAUUGA